UUUUCCUAUAUAAAAGCCAUAGAUACAACAGCUUGAGACCACACCUCAUCUCUUUGUUGCCUUUCGUCAAAGCUUGCCUACUUCAAUCGACUUUAGCAAAGGCUUACACAUGGAAGCGGAUGGAAAACAAAGCCAGGAGGGAUCCCCAGAGCUUUCCCUUCGGCCGCUGGAUCUUUCUGACAUAGAUGAUUUCAUGGUCUGGGCCACAGAUGACAAGGUGAGUCGUUUCUGCAAUUGGGACACUUACACUUCCAAGGAAGCUGGCAUCGACUAUAUCAAAAACAUCGUCAUUCCUCACCCAUGGUUCAAAGCAAUUUGCCUUGACAAUAAGGCGAUCGGGUUUAUUUCAGUGUUCGCAAACAAUGGCAACUAUCGAUGUAGAGGUGAACUUGGGUAUGCGCUAGCUUCCAAGUACUGGGGAAAGGGGAUUGUGACCAGGGCCGUGAAAAUGGUGGCUUCUACUAUAUUUAAUGAGUGGCCACAUUUGGAGAGACUGGAGGCGCUGGUGUAUGUGGAGAAUGGUGGGUCGCAGAGGGUGCUAGAGAAGGUUGGGUUCCAGAAAGAAGGUGUUCUUAGGAAGUUCAUUAUUCUGAAGGGCAGAUGUAUAGACCUGGUGACUUAUAGUCUCCUGUCUACUGAUCCCCAACCUUGAUUCUGUGUAUUUCAUGAUUUAUGUUUGUGCCAAUUCUACAUGGACAAUGUGGUUGAUUGAUGCAUGCUUUUUAGGAUAUUUCCAUCUGAUUGAUGCUUGUUACUGAAUUUUAGUAAUUUACCUGCCAAAAAGUGGUUGAUUGUUGAUGUGAGAAAAGGAUGUACAAAAGAAUGAAAAUGGAAAAGUUCCAUGAGACUAAUUCAGGGUUCACAUGAGGUGAAGCUAUUUUUUGAUAAA